AAGACAUGUUGAAGUUUACCUUCGAGUCUGGUUGAUGUAAUUCAGUAUAAUAUCCUAAUUUAGCACACAUUGUAAGUAUACGAUUGAACAAGAGGCCGGUAAAACAUGCACAAUGACUACGCUGAUACGACGCUCACGAACACUUCCUGCAGCAUCUCAUAAUCCAGACCAAACUCGCUCGGAAAGUGGAUACAUUUURCCCGCUUGCUCUACGAGACUUCACCAUUUCCUCAAGUUCUUUUCAGCCAAACAAUUAGCUACAAGAAAUCAGUUCCAGAUCUAUCCAGCCUACCAUGUCUGAACCAGGUUCUGGUUGUGGUGUUCCAGCCCAGAGAAGCUCACAGCGGGGUCCAGAGUUGGUGUCAGUGACGCUGGGGGACUGCAGUCAAACAGUGGAACUCAAUGUGAUUGUCAAGGAGGAGGGCGAGGAGAGAGAAAUCAAUGAGGGGGAGGAGGAAGAGAGAGAGGAGGACAGGGACUCUGUUGACUCAGGAGAGAGCCCCAACCCAGACUCAGUCAACGAGCCCAGUUCCACAGCAUCAAGACUGCCUGGUUGUGGGAGUUACCCCUGUCCUCAAUGUGGGAAGUGUUUCAGUCGAGCAGGAGACCKGAAGACUCAUCAGAGGUCGCACAGUGGAGAGAAGCCUCACCAAUGCUCUCUUUGUGGGAAGUGUUUCAGUCGAGCAGGAGGCCUGAAGACUCAUCAGAGGUCGCACAGUGGAGAGAAGCCUGCCAGUACUUUCAAUGUGAUUAUCAAAGAGGAGGAGGGUAACUGUACUCUCAAUGUGAUUGUCAAAGAGGAGGAGGAUGAGAAGGAAAAGAGAGGAGUUGAGGAAGAGAAGGAAACUAGUGGUGUAGUUGACCCAGAUACAUCAAGACUUCGUGGUCGUUACCCCUGUCCUCAAUGUGGAAAGAGUUUCAGUUCCUCAGGUAAUCUAAAGAAUCACCAGAGAGUUCACACUGGAGAGAAACCUUACCACUGCUCCCAAUGUGGAAAGGGUUUCGGUCRAGCAGGAGGCCUGAAGASUCAUCARAGAUCGCACAGUGGAGAGAAGCCUCACCACUGCUCUCUUUGUGGAAAAGGUUUCAGUCGAGCAGGAGACCUGAAGACUCAUCAGAGAUCGCACAGUGGAGAGAAGCCUGCCAGUACUUUCAAUGUGAUUGUCAAAGAGGAGGAGGAUGAAAAGGAUAUCGAUGAGAAGGUAAAGAGCGAAGUUAAGGAAGAGCAGGAAACUAGUGGUGUAGUUGACCCAGAUACAUCAAGUCUAUCUGCUCGUGGUCGUUUCCCCUGCCAUCAGUGUGGGAAGAGUUUCCGUUCCUCAGGUAAUCUAAAGAAUCAUCAAAGAGUACACACUCGAGAGAAACCAUUUCACUGUGUCACAUGUGGGAAGAGUUUCCGUGAAAAAUUCAAUCUCACGAGACAUAAGAAGGUACAUAGUGGGGAGAAGCCUUAUCACUGCAMCCAGUGUGGGAAAAGCUUCAAUCGUUCUGGAAGUCUUAAGGAACACCAAAGAGUACAUACAGGGGAGAAGCCUUACCACUGCUCUCUUUGUCGGAAGAGUUUUAGUCAGCCAGGAAACCUUAAGAAACACCAGAGAAUACAUACAGGGGAGAAGCCUUACCAUUGCUCUCUUGGAAUAGUUUGUUUCGCUGGAAACCUAAAGAAUCAUCUGAGAUCACACUGUGGAAAGAAGCCUUACCACUGCUCUCAGUGUGGGGAGGGAUUCCCUCAACUAAAAAGUCUUAAAAGCCAUCAGAAAAUGCAUAUUGGAGAGACACCUCCCUCUACUUUCAAUGUGAUUGUCAAAGAGGAGGAUGGUGACUGUACUUUCAAUAUGAUUGUCAAAGAGGAGGAGGAUGGAAGAAAAUUGAUGAGAAGGAAAUGAGAGAAGUUGAAGAGGAGGACAAUAGUGGUGUAGUUGACCCAGAUACAUCAAGACUGCCUGAUCGUGGUCGUUACCCCUGUCCUCAAUGUGGAAAGAGUUUCACUUCCUCAAGUAAUCUUAAGAAUCAUCAAAGAGUACACACUGGAGAGAAACUUUUCUCUGCUCACAAUGUGGGAAGAGUUUCAGUGAAAAAGUCAACCUUAAGAGACACGAAAGAGUACAUAGUGGAGAGAAGCCUUACCACUGCACAACAUGUGGGAAGAGCUUCAAUCAUUCAGGAAGCCUUAGAGAUCACCAGAGAAUUCAUACAGGGGAGAAACCUUACCACUGCUCACUGUGCGGAAAUAAUUUUCGUUUGGCUGGAGACCUAAAGAAUCAUCAGAGAUCACACAGUGGAGAGAAGCCUUAUCACUGCUCUCGGUGUGGAGAGGGAUUCACUCAGCUAAGAAGCCUAAAAAGUCAUGAGAGAAUAUCCAUUGGA